AUGAGGCAGAGGCACACUGGAUUCCUGUGCCCAUCCUGCCUGCGGGCUUUCCCGUCAGCCGACGCACUGCAGGACCAUUAUGAGACGAGCCACGGCAGUGGUCUAGAGGUGGUGUGUCCAACCUGCCGUAUGCGGCUUGGCUCUGAGGUUGAGCUUGAAAGCCACUGCGCCCGCCACCAUGCAGUGGCACCACCUGACACUGAGCCGGCGGCCGUGGAGCAACUUCAGCGUGAACUGGCGGCACUGCAUGCAUCCCUGCGCGUGGAGGCAGAGAUGCUGAGAUCCCAGGUGCGAGCUUUGGAAGAGGGGAAGGCACUCUUGACUUCAGAGUUGGUACUAGCAAGGCAGCAAUUGGGGAACGACUUGCAGCAGGCACAUGUGGAAGCCACCCAGCUUAGGACCCAAUUGGAGCAGGUGCUGCAGUCCCAACCAGCAGUUGUGGAGAAGCUGUCACAGAGCACGUGGGAUCUUGAGAGUGCUGAGAGAGGUGUGCCGACAAGACGCCCAGGUGCAGGCAUUGAUAGUAGAACCCACGUGCCCUGUUCCGCUGAGGCCAGCAAAGACGACGACAGCCGCGCAGCAGCCCUGGCUGCUCUGACAGCUGAGAAGCAGACACUUCAGCUCAAGCUGGAAGAGGCUGACCGACGUCUGGCCGAAGCCAGAGCACGAGCAGACAAGAGGGAGGUGCAACAGCGAGAGGCCCUGGAGAGGAGUGAUGCUGAGCGGCAGCGGCUGCUACAGGAGGUGGAAGCUGGUCGAUCUGAGCGGGCGUCACUAGAAACAUCCCUGGAGGUUGCCAAGCAGGGCCUGGCUGCUGCAGCGACACGCACUGAGGAGCUGGAGUCCAAACUGGCGGUGGAGCGACAGCGUGGGGAUUCUGAACUACUUGCCCGCCAGGCGGAGGUGGAUGAGCUGCGGACCCAGGUGACUCAACUGUCAGCAGUUGAGGCAGCUCUUCGUGACUCGGCACAGGCAGCACAGGCACAGCUAGCCGACUACCGCGCCCAGGUUGAGAGCAAUGCGGAGCAGGCUGUGCGGCUAGCUGCACAGCUCAGGGAGCGUGAGUCUGAGCUGGCGAUGUGUCGGGAGCAGCUGUUGACCAGCCAGCGGGAGGCUCAAGCAAGUCAUGAAGAACUCGUGGCCGGCCGCGCUGAGAAGGUUGAGCUAGCGCAGGCCGUGCAGGCGCUGCACCAAGCCAAGAGUCGUCUGGCUGACCAAUUGUCUGCGCUUGAGCUUGAGGUGGGGAAUCUUCGCAACAACCAAGUGGCGCUCGAGGCCGACAGGACUGCAUUCAAGCUGGAGGCUGAAAAGCUGCGGAAGAGCCACGCAGAAAUGGAGGCCAGCCGUGCUGCACUCGAGACUCGGCUAGCUGAGCUUCAUCGACAGUGUGACCAGCAGGCCACCGAGCAUCACCACAUGCUGCGAAGUCUCCAGGCUAGCAGAGAUAAGCUAGCCGAGCUUCAAGAAGAGCAGGACCAGCAGGACUCCAGGCAUCAGCAGGAGCUGGAAGGUCUCCAGGCAGAGCUGACACGGGCACAGAACAAGGCCCUGCAGGCAUGCUCGGAUCUGGAAGCAGAGCAGCAGCGUAGUGCUCGGCAAGAGGCUGCCCUGGAGGCUUUGCGAGAGCAACUGGCAUCCGAGCAAUCCGGCCGUCAAGUCGCCCAGACACAGCUGGACUCUGCCCAAGGAGACAAGCUAGAGCUGGAGGCCAAGUUGGAGAAUGCGCUGGAUGAACGGAGGGCCCUGCUGGAUCGGUGCCUGCGAAGCGAGGGUGAAGCUGAAACGCUAAGAAUAAACGCUGCCGACUUGAGACGCCGUCUGGAUGACUCCUUGGCCGCUUUACACGAGCUGGGCCGAGAGAACCAGCUGCUGCAGAUGGACAACGCCAAGCACCAAGGUCGGAAGUGGGCUGAUGACUCACAAGUUACUCACUGUACGGGGUGCGAGAAGCUCUUCACCGUCACCAUCCGAAAGCACCACUGCCGAAACUGCGGAAACAUCUUCUGCAAUGAGUGCUCAGCAAAAAGUGCAGCCACGGCCUCAUCCAGAAAGCCCGUCAGAGUGUGUGAUAACUGUUACAGUGAACUGACAAAAUGAGUGAUCCCGCAAAACUACUUCCAGAAGACACGGGUGCCCGUCAAAGACACGCAGCACAGCAGGAUAUAGCGUGCUCUUGUUUAUGUAUAGUGCAAUAUGUUUUGCGGCCAACUUCCACGCAGCUGUGUUUCGCAGAACUGCUAAACAUUGUGUCUUUUCAUAAUUACCACCAUGAACGCAGUGUACGGAGUUUUGUGAAGUAUGUUAAUAAGUGCAUUUUGCAUCAAGUGCCAUCUUCAGUCCCUUCUAUGCGAAACUGCAUUCAGUGGCUUGCCACCUUUAUUAUAACAGGGACCUUAUGCACAUAGAAUCAAAUCACACUGUGGACCUGCCUACAAAAGGUGACGGGUGCAGCUUUACUAAUCUCGUCAGACCAAAUCUCGGGCGAGCUGAUAUAUAGAUGUCACAUUUGUGCUUCUGCCUGUAGUCGUGUUUACUUUGUUAUCUGGUCAAGUUGACGGAUUUGUUACAAUGAACGUCUUUUCUUUAUUUUAGCUGUAGAGUAAAAGUGUGUAACGAAUAACAAUGAAUGUUCCAGCUUGUCUGAAACGCUAGUUGGCACAUACAGUGCAUGUGAACUAUUUACUUUUCUAGACUAACCAAAGAAGAGUAAUUCACAUUGUAAACUUGUCGAAACAAUUUGUGUUUCUGAAUUCUGCCUGAAAUUUUCUGUUUGAACCCUCUGUGAUGAAGUGAAUAGAAAGUUAAUUUGCCUAAAUGUUUAAAUCGAUGCUAGGGAAAUAUACAAGUGUUAGCAAUACAAACUGUUUCAUUUGUAUGUAAAGCCAUUGUGUUAGUUCUAAAUUGUUAUCAUUUCAUUAAGAUGAUCUGUAUAAAUGUUUAACUAUGCCAGGAUAUUGUGCCAGUUUUAGCAGACUUCAUGUAUGUGUUUGUCACGGAAGGAAUGUAAGCACUGACAGGAAUAGGAAAAGCAGUUUUCAUUUGAUGAUACUAAUGACCAAGUGAUUGGCCAACAAACCAAUCACUUGUCUAUGAACCAUCUGCCCAGCAUUAAAAAAAUAUUCUCAUUUGAUGUGUUUUAAUUGAUUACUGCUAAUAAAAUUCAAUA